CAUGCUCGGAAAGCGCAUUCUCGGAAACCGAGAAUACUCGACAUGACUUGACAGGAUGUUUUCCAAUUUUGGAAUCAUUUGUUCUAUUCUAAUUGCUGUAUCUUCAGCAAUAGUGUACUACGAGCUACAAGAAACAACAGCCAACAUUUUGCUCAGUGUAAAGAUCAACAACACGACUGCAAAGGAGGUUUUUGACGCUGUUUCAGACCCCCUCCACGAAAUCUUUAAGGGCCAUUCGUUUCUUGUUGGCAUCCACAAUGUGGAGAGAUCAAGAGAUGAAAGGGAUCACAUUGUUGUUAGAUACACAGCCAAUGAUCAGAUUCCUAUUCUUGGCAUCUACAACCACAGCAUAUUCUUCAAUGUGAAGAUGACAAUUCUCAAAGAAGACUCUCUUCUCAUGAAUGAGUUAGUUGUUUAUGGUAUUUUACACAUGAAACAAGUUUGGGAAAUAGCAAAAGAUGGCGAUGGUGUUGUAGUGUUUAACAAAAUUGAUAUGCAAAGUUAUAGAUGUGUUGUACAGUUUUCCCAUGGAAAAGCUAUGCAAGCUCAUAGAGCCUUGUUGGAACACUUGAAGCAGUACUGGGAAAGGCGUUAUUAUUCAAACAGUACUUAACAGUGGGUAGUAAGGUCUAUGAACACAAACAAGAAAGUCUUUAGCUUGGCAAAUAAAGCGACCUACCUUGAAUUGUAAAUAUAAAAUUCUGAUCAUUUUGCUGCUAUUUUCCAUAUUCUUUGCAUUCUCAUCAAACUGCUUUUUACUGCUUUCCUGGCUUCUGUCUUCUAACUAACAGACUCAUAUUUGGUUAUUUUUUUGUUGUUGUUGUUGGCCAGAGCCUUGCUAAGAUGUGGUAUGAUUGGAAGUUAUUUCAGUGCUGGCUAAUAAAAGCACUUAAAUAACAGAAGCCAGAAGAAAGUGUUGGACAUCAAAGGCGAAUGUUGAAAACCGCAGUACUUGCACUACAACUUGUAGCAUAUGCCAUGACAAUAUAUCCUAUAAUGAUCAUAAUCAAUAACAUCAUCUGUUAUUAUCUGAAAAUAUAGCGUGCUAACACAC